CUUCAUGAUCAGCUGAUAUCUGAGGCGGAGGGAGGCCGGGACAUUGCAAAAAUGCCUCGAAAAGCGAUCGACUCGCGCAUUCCAGCGCUCAUUCGCAAUGGCAUCCAGGAAAAGAAGCGCAGUUUCGUGGUCGUCGUCGGCGACAGAGCAAAGGAUGUCAUUGUCCAUCUGCACUACAUUAUGUCCUCAGUCGAUGUGAAACAGAACAAGUCAGUACUAUGGGCAUACAAGAAAGAUCUCCUUGGUUUCACGAGCCACCGGAAGAAACGAGAAGCAAAGAUCAAGAAAGAGGUUAAACGAGGUAUUCGAGAUGCGAACACCGAGGACCCUUUUGAACUCUUCGUCACUCUGCACAACAUUCGUUACGUUUAUUAUAAAGAGACGGAAAAGAUUCUCGGUAACACAUAUGGCAUGUGUAUAUUGCAAGACUUCGAGGCGAUCACUCCCAACCUGCUAGCCCGAACCAUUGAAACCGUUGAAGGUGGAGGAUUGGUGCUGCUGCUUUUGAAAGGAAUGAAGAGUUUAAAACAACUUUACACGAUGUCGAUGGACGUCCACUCCAGAUAUCGGACUGAAGCACAUGAUGAUGUUGUGGCAAGAUUCAAUGAACGCUUCAUUCUAUCAUUAGGUUCGUGCGAGUCAUGUCUGGUGAUCGACGACGAGAUGAAUGUGUUGCCCAUAUCUGGUGGAAAGAAUGUCCAAGCUCUUCCCCCGCCCGUCUCAGCAGAGGACAGCGUGCUGCCCAACAAGAAGGAACUGAAAGAGAUCAAGGAUAGCUUGCUUGAGAGCAAGCCUGUUGGUCCUCUCAUUUCUUUGGCGAAGACAGUUGACCAGGCCAAAGCGCUCCUCACGUUCGUCGAUGCCAUAUCCGAGAAGACACUCCGAAGUACAGUGGCCUUGACAGCUGCUCGAGGACGAGGCAAAUCGGCCGCUCUUGGUGUCGCUGUAGCCGCAGCAAUAGCCCAUGGUUACAGCAAUAUCUUCAUAACAUCCCCCAGCCCGGAAAACUUGAAGACUCUUUUCGAGUUUGUAAUCAAGGGAUUCGAUGCUCUUGAGUACAUGGAUCAUGUCGACUACACUAUUUUACAGUCAACAAAUCCGGACUACAACAAGGCCAUUGUACGGAUCAAUGUUCACCGCCAGCACAGGCAAACGAUACAGUAUAUCCAACCUCAAGAUGCCCACGUUCUGGGUCAGGCUGAAUUGGUUGUGAUUGACGAGGCGGCUGCCAUUCCUCUUCCUCUCGUCCGGAAAUUGAUGGGGCCGUAUCUUGUCUUCAUGGCCUCAACAAUCAACGGUUACGAAGGCACUGGUCGGUCAUUGUCCCUCAAAUUGGUCCAACAACUACGCGAGCAAUCCAGAGGUGGUGUUGUCAACGGGGACGAUCUCGAAAUCACCGACAAGUCCACUGGCAAAGCCGCCAAAGAUGGUCAAAAGGUCUAUAAUGGAGGUCGCUCCUUGCGAGAGAUCACUCUUUCUGAGCCCAUUCGGUACGCCCCAGGUGAUGGGGUUGAGAAAUGGCUGAAUCGUUUACUCUGUCUCGAUGCGACGCUUCCUAAAUCUAAGAUGAACACUCAAGGCACACCUCACCCCUCCACAUGCGAGCUCGUCCAUGUUAACCGAGACACACUCUUCUCCUUCCACCCCGUAUCCGAGAAAUUCCUCCAGCAAAUGAUGGCCCUGUACGUUGCCAGCCACUACAAAAACUCACCCAACGACCUUCAACUAAUGUCUGACGCUCCCGCGCAUCAACUAUUCGUCCUCAUCCCACCCAUCCCCGAAGAUUCCAACAGACUCCCCGAGCCUCUCUGUGUCAUCCAAGUCGCGCUGGAAGGCCGCAUCAGCAAGAACGCCGUUCUGAACUCUCUGUCCCGCGGUCAACGUGCAGGAGGUGAUCUCAUCCCAUGGCUUGUGAGCCAACAAUUCCAGGAUUCCGAGUUCGCUGGCCUCUCAGGCUCACGCGUUGUCCGCAUCGCAACCAACCCGGAGUACCUCAACAUGGGCUACGGUUCACGCGCCCUACAACUCCUCACGGACUUUUACGAAGGCAAAUUCACAUCUCUCUCUGAGAACGAGUCGAUAGAAAGCGCCGAGCACAUGCCCCGCCUCACGGACGCAGAACUCGAAUCAUCCACCCUUCUUGACGACAACAUCCGGGUCCGCGAUAUCCAAAAGAUGCCGCCUCUCUUUAGCAAACUGUCCGAACGACGGCCCAACCAUCUCGACUACCUGGGCGUGUCAUUCGGACUGACCCAACCACUCCACAAAUUCUGGAAACGAGCCUCCUUCGCACCCGUCUACCUGCGCCAAACGCCCAACGACAUCACGGGCGAGCACUCGUGCGUGAUGCUCAAGCCCCUCUCCACCACCGCCGGAACCGGUGCGGACUCGUCCUGGCUCAGCGCAUACGCCCAAGACUUCCACAAACGUUUCCUCACCCUCUUGUCAUACCAGUUCCGCACCUUUUCAUCCAUCCAGUCUCUGAGUAUCUCCGAAUCGGCGACACGGGCGACCUCGGCCGCAGCAGAGCCGAGCACCACUGUUGCUCCACUGACCAAACCCGAACUCGACGCUUUGUUUUCUCCCUUUGACCUCGCGCGACUCGAAUCGUACGCCAACAACCUGCUGGACUACCACGUCAUCCUCGACCUGAUGCCCUCGAUCGCCAUGCUCUUCUUCACAGGCCGACUCAAGCUCGCCCCGUGCAACGUCAGUCUCUCCGGCGUGCAGCAGAGCAUCCUUCUCGCCAUUGGCCUGCAGCGCAAGGACCUCGGCGACGUCGAGAAGGAACUGAACCUGCCCAGCAACCAGCUCCUGGCCAUGUUCAUCAAGGUCGUGCGCAAGGUCAGCACGGCGUUCAGGUCGGUCGUGUCCGGUGCGGUCGAGGCCGAGUUGCCGGAGAAGAAGAGCGACGCCAUCAAUUCUGGCGCUGGGUCCAAUGGGAUGACAUCUCGCGUCCAAGUCCCGGCUCAGUCCGUUCUUGGAAAUGAUGAUGACGACGACAAAUAUGACGACGACGACGACAUGGUCGACCCGGCUUUCAAAGAGAAGCAGCGCGCUCUGAUCGACGCGUUGCCUCUGGACAAAUAUGAAAUCCGAACCGGCCAAGGAAACGGCGACGGCGGCGAGGGCGACGACGACACGGCCUGGGCCGAAGCGGAGCGGCAAGUCCGAGAGGCGGCUCUCGCGCCCGGCGGGAAAAGCAGCACGACCGUCAGCGUCAAGAGCGUCAGGAAGAACAAGAGAAAGGCGGAUGAGACCACCACCGGCGAUGGCGAUCGUCAAGAUGAUGGUGGCGAGAAGAAGAAGAAACAAAAGAAAAAGGACAGAGGGGACGGCGAGAAGAAGCACAGGAGCAGCAAAGACAAGGAUCACAAAAGACAUCGAUGAUUUAUGAUCAGCUCUAGUAGUAAAUUCCAAGUUGCCGGAACUCUGUGCGGGCUUAUUUAAUAAGUCCGCCAGUGCUACUCUCUGUAGCUGUAGUUCAGACGGCUCAAAUGCUUUUCUGGUAUCCAUCAACGACUUCAAGGUGGGUGGUGAUGUUGAAAUACUCUCUAAAUAAACCUCUGACUUAAUCUGAU